AUGGCGCCGCUGAUGGGUCAGGCGGCGGGAAUCCCGGCCGUGUGCUUCAGGAGUCACAACGUCGGCUUCCCAGAAUCCUCCAUGAGGGCCUCCCGGGUUUCCCAGGUAAAAGCCAACACAAGUGUCCUGACGCUUAGAUGUUUAGAUGAACACGGCCGAGCCUCCAAUAGCUGCUGGGCCCUCCCCUUCGCCAAGCAGGUGCCAAUCACCCGCCCAGGGCCCGAGGAGCCGCUGGAAUCCUACCCGGUCCAGGCCCGGAGCACCCAAGGCUGA